UAAACAAUAUGGCGGAUGGUUGGCUUUUGGUUGCUAUAAAGCUAAAGUUAUCCGUAUAAUUGGAUUACUUAAAUAGAACUAUUCAAUUCAUAACCAUGUCUUGAAAAAGUUCGAUAACAACAGAAUCAUGGAGCUUGAUGAAAGACUUAGAUGGAUAGAAACGAGGGUGACUUCAUCUCUUAAACCUAGAGCAGAGGAAGUCAAACAUUUGUUUACCAAUGAAGAGAGCAGGACUGCUAUGUUUGAGUUCUGCAACAAUGAAGAGGUCAAAAACUUGUUUAUUUUCUCGCUAGUCCCUCCUGGAGGGGGUCUUGUUGCCUCACUAGUACCCCCUCAGACUGUAAGAGAGAAGGCCAUGUUCUUUUUAAAGUCUCACAGUACAGGAAAAGUGAUGCGAGAUAACAUCAUGGAUGAAGUUGCCUUCUGCGACUGUUCUAACAAGCCAUUGAAUCACCUUAGCACUUUGUUAAGGGAUGUUUACCUACCACUUCUAAGCAUUGAGAUGGGUGGAGGUGUCAGUGCUGACAAACUGAUGGAUUUAUUGCAUCGCCUUGCAGCAAACAUGGAGGUCACAGAGGGUUCUGUUCAGGAUCAAGUUAUUCUUCCACUUCCAUCAAUUGAGGUACUUUCUGAGGCUGCAGCUUACAGCAGCAGACGACCAGCUGUCAUCCAUGUGCUAGAGACCACAGUUAUUCAUUGGAUUAAACAAGUCAAGGCAAUACUGAAAAUUGACCCAGAAGUUGAAAUUGCCAGAAGAUUUGGUCCCAAACCUGGGCCACUAGAUGAAAUUGAGAUGUGGUCAGAACAUUUGGAGAAGAUCAGCAACAUCAGUGAGCAGUUGUGCUCUCAUGUUGCACUGAACAUCAUUAUGAACCUUGAAGAUGCGCACAGCACAUAUUCACAGUCCUUUCAUUUAGUGAAGAAAGAAAUAGCAAAGGCUGAGACAGAAGCUAAUGAUAAUCUCCAGUUCUUGAGUACAUUGAUGCCAUGGUUUGAACAGCUUCAUCAUUCCACAAAGUCUAAAGAGAUGGUUGAACUUUUCUCACCCUUAAUGCACACCCUCUUCCUUGUUUGGGCUCAUUCAAGGUACUAUCAUGAAACCAAGAACUUCAUCAGACUACUGACUAUGCUAUCUAAUGAGGUUGUUGCUAGAUCAAGGUAUCUUGUACGACAAAACGUUCUGGAAAAUCUAGCUGAAUCUUACAGCAGCUUGAAGGACUCUCUUCGAGUGUGUGCAGCAUUCAGGGGAUGUUACCUGGAUAAGAAAGACAAGGCUGAUGACCUGAACAAAAAGAAACUAGCAGAACAAAUUGGAACAAAUGUUGAUAGUGGUGGUAUCAUAUGGCACAGUAAACUUUACAUCGAUAGCAUUACUCCCAAAGCUGGCAAACUGUUCUUGCGUACCGACCAUCUUACAGACAGCAUGAAUGAUCUAGCGGCAGAACUGUGGACAGACUCGCCCUGGCCACCUCGAAAUCACCCAAGUUUCAUUAGUUUGAAUAACUUUAUGGAGCGUUGUAAUGAUGYUCUUGAGUUGGUUCAGACAACAAGACACUUUGAACUUCUGACGUGUACAGCUGAGGUUGGGGGUGCUGGUGGAGAUGGGCUAGAUUGUCUUGUACGAGAAAUACAUGGCAAAUUUGCACAAGCUAUUAAAUCCUUCAAAGAAGUAACACAAGACGUGCUGGACGUUGACAAAACACGACACUUUGAGAGAGAUUUCUUUUUAUUUCGAUCCGUGACAAGGGAUCUAGAGUUCAAUUUAGCUGAUGUGUUGCGGCAGAGCUUCAAGCAGUGUUGGGAUACCAGAGCUAGACUACGUCUUCUUGAAGUGUUCGAAGGGAUAAGUGGAAGAGAAAUGGUCCAGACAAAUCUCAAGGAUAUCUUCAGCAACAUGGUCAAAGGUUUUACCGAUGAUUUGAUUCAAGUGAGGUCAUUUUUCCAACAACAUUUAAACAACCCGCCAUCACACCCACACCUCCCCCCUGUGGCGAGUAAAGUGCUUUGGCUCAGAGGGCUGAAAUUACACAUACAGGAGCCUAUGUCUCGACUGAGCCGAGUGUCACCCUCCUCACUGAAGGGGGAUCAAGGAUGGAGAUUGAGAGAUACAUUCACUGAUUUACUCAAAGACAUUGAAAAAUGUGAAUCAGAUUCCCUUCGCAAAUGGCAGAAUGACAUGCAAACAGAGCUGCGAGCCAAACUUAAACAGCCGCUAUUGAUCACAGAUGUAAACUCUACCAGCAAGACCCCAAUGAUCCAGGUCAACUUUGAUCCAGAUCUGUUGUUACUGUUACGAGAGAUCCAUUAUCUGGCCUCGCCACCAUUCAACGUACGCCUACCUGAUCCCGUGCGUGUCUUAUUACGUUCAACUGAUGAUGGUCUGCUGAGGUCAACCGCUGCUCGUCUUGAUACCAUCGUGUCUCGUUACAAUUCCAUCAUAGCAACUAUGGAGCAAUUUGAGAAACCUUUAUUCGAGCAGAAGAUGGCCAAGAUUGAAGAGCUUCUCCACCAAGGUCUCCAUGAGUACUCCUGGAAGACUCUAGAAUCAGCUGAUUUCGUCGAGCAUGCGUCGUUUCUGGUCUGUGAUGACGUGCACUAUAACCUUGGUAUUGUACAAGGUAACUAUCAAGAGAUCUGUAACAUCGCAGGAUCAUGGUCUAUGAAUGGACAGUUGGAUGUGUUUACACCAAGGGAUACCAACACCACACAUUCUAUGAAUGAACUACAUUCACUUCACAGAGAUAUCUACGACAUGCAUAACAACACUAUCAUCAUUGGUGGUAACAGGAUACAUGCUUUGCUUCAGUCUACAUUUGAGGCCGUGCAGAUCAGUCGUGCGUCACCAUCAUGGCAAAGCUACACCCAGUAUGUAAGUGACGUCAUACUUGCAGGUCUAAAAGAAUCAACACUGACGUCACUACAGUCAAUGCUGAACCAGAUCGUUCACUUCAACCUUACUAGGGACAUAUCCGCUCUUCCCAUCCUGACUAUUCGCCUAGAGCUGGUUGGGCUUGAAGUGACGUUUAACCCAACCCUGGAUGACCAUUCAGCUUCUCACAGCGUCCAGGAGUUUGUUAACGGCUGGUUACAAGACUUUCUUAACAGAGGUGAUCUUGUUACUCCUGUUGAUAGCCACAGAAAGACAUUCAAGGCGGCAAUCAGUGAAGAUCAAAACAUACAACGUUUUGCUCAGCAAAUAACAGAAGUAGUUGAACAAAAUGCCGAAGAAUGCAAGGAGAUUCUUGCUACGUUCCGUGAGUACGCAUUUCUAUGGAUGCAGGAUGUUCAGAGGACAUUUAAAGAAUUCUUAGCUGGUAACAUCGUUGCUCAUCCUCGUAAGAUGAACCGUUCCGAAGCUAUUCGAUCCAGGGCGUCACAACACUCGGGGAAAUCCAAGAAAGACAGAGAAAAAGAUGUCAGAAGUUCAAGUCGAACAUCUGCUGCAGCAUCAACCCUCAGUACGAGCGGUGCUAUGGGUUUGUCAGAGAAAACCUUCCUUAAUCCAAAGAAGCUAACAUCACUGAAGGAAGUUAAAGAGGAUAAUGCUCCUUCCCUUGAUGACUUUGACAGAGAGAUCGAGAUUUAUCAGACAUCAAGAGACGAGAUCAGUGCACUACAAGACUGGUGUGAUAUUGGCUGGAUGCGCGUCAACAUGAGGCCCAUUAAGCAGGUUCUGGGCACAUAUGCAAGCAAAUGGAUGUUCGUCUACACCAAGCACCUCUCUGAUCAAGUCUCCACGACUUUAAAUGACCUGGAUUCGUUUUUGAAAAGAAUAGAGCCUGGUAUCGAAGCUAUUACUGGUCAAGAGCGAGAUAUUGAUUCAUUCAUGCGUUUAAUGAGAGUCUUCAACGAGGUCAGUACACAGCAGGCUGAAAUGGACAGCAAGUUUAUAGCAAUGAAGAGAACCAUCUCUCUCUUAGAGAAAUAUGGACAAAAACUACCAGAUAUGACGCAGAAGUUCUACGCAGCUGCACCUCAGAGGUGGAAUAGUCUGAAGAUGAAAGUAAACAAAGCUAAACAACGACUUGGGCCCAGGAUACAGGCUGAAGCUAACAGCGUAACUCAGCAACUCAAAGCAUUCGGUGAUCGUUGUGAAGCUCUUUCCCGCCAGUUUUCAACAUCAGAAGCGUUCCAGCGUACCUGUGCUAUCUAUGCAGCAUUUAAUCUCAUGGAUGCUUUUGAAAAGAAGCUGAUAGCUAUGGAAGGCGAAGCUCAGGACCUCAUUGAACUGCAGGAACUUUUUGAAAAAGUCGUGGUAAACUUCUCCAUACUUCCCCAGUUGCGUACCAACUUGGAAUGUCUUCGACAAGUAUGGAACACGUACCGUGCUGUACAAGAACAGCAUACUGAAUGGAAGCGAGGCAGAUGGCAGCGGAUUAACACAAGACUCAUGCGCAAAGCUACUGAAGCCCAGCUUGAUGUUGUACGUGCUUUACCCAGUGAUGCUCAUGAAUGGGACGUUUAUCAAGGGAUGGAAGACUCUAUCUGGGAUAUACAGGCUUGUUUACCAAUAAUCGAUGAUUUAAGCAAGUCAGCUAUGCGUCCUCGUCACUGGAAGCAGUUAUUACGUCUUGCUGGUGGUGUUAUACAGAUCAGUAAUGAAGGUCUGACGCGUAUGACAUUAGGACAGCUACUGGACCUUGGAUUACACAAUCACGCCGAGGAGGUUCGUGGUAUUAUACAAAGAGCUACGAAGGAUGUGGCGAUUGAGAGUUCACUAAAGACCUAUGAAGAAGUGUGGCUAAGUAAAAUCUUUGAGGUCAGACCGCAUACCCGGUACAAGAGACCAAGCUCUUCUGCUGCAGGAGUCAAUCAAGAUAACACAGGCAGUGAGUUCGGUAAAGAUUCUGAGUUUGAGAUGCAUGGUCAUCGAGGCAUUUCUAGUCGGGUAUCAGUGACUAGCCAUGGUAGCGGUGGGUUCAGUAUUAAGGAGAGUAAGACAAGAAGAACAUCAGUAGCAUCGGCUACAUUCUCACAGUCACUCAUCAAUCUCACUCAGGAUAACGGUCCUGUCUGUCUCUUGGACAACUGUGAUCCAAUAUUCGAAGAGCUUGAAGAUCAUCAGGUUUCAUUGCAAAAUAUGUUGAAUGGAAGCUCAGCAGGAUCAUUCGCUGAUGAUAUAAUGAAAUGGCAGAAGAGAUUACAGACUAUAGAAGCUGUGUUAACCGUCUGGCUGCAAGUACAAGAAAAAUGGAUCGAACUUGAAGAAGUAUUCACAAGCCUGGAGUUUCGUAUCGCUAUGCCACACGAGACGAAUCUCUUUUCAGCCGUCAAUAGAGACUUCAGGAUCCUAAUGAAAGCUACUGAGAAAAAUCCCAAUGUACUUCAAGCUUGCUCGAGAACAAAUAUCCAAACCAAGCUUGAGAAGCUAAACAUGAAUUUACAGCAGUGCUGGAAGUCUCUCUUGUCCCACCUGGAACGCAGACGUCAGAAGUUUCCUCGAUUCUAUUUCUUAUCUCAUGAAGACGUCUUGCACGUAGUAUGUAAUGGAUACGAUCCAGGAUUGGUGAAUCCAUAUCUCUUCAAAGUUCUUGAACAUCUUGGUUGCCUUGGUUACGAGGAGUUUGAAGCUGAAGGUCAGAGAUAUUUUCAAAUCACGGAUGUAGUGAGUACCCAUGGUGAAAGGCUGGCUCUAAAGCAGCCUGUAAUCUGUGAUGGUCCAAUCGAUGGCUGGCUGACAACCCUUAUCAACACCAUAAAACAGACUCUCACUGAACAGCUCAUAACUGUGAUUAACACAACUCAAGCUGACCAACCAAACCAAACUACAGAAAAUGAUACCGAUAAAACUGACGUGUCAGUCAGGUCUGAAGAGAUGUUGAAACCCUUCUUGUCAUUGGAGAAUUGUUGUCAAGUUGUUCUUCUUGCUGUACAAAUUCACUGGUGCAGGAAAGUUGAGGAGGCAGUUGGUAAAGUUGUUACGGGCGACAAAACGGCUCUCAAGGAAGCUCUUGAUACCUUGACAGAGACAGUAUGGACCUUGGCCAAGAGAAUGAGAGGAGCUGAAGUAGACGAGGUCAAAGAUGGCAGACAAACAAGCACUAGUAUUGACGGGAACAUUGCARAUGAAUAUCAAGAAGGAAAGAAAAGUCGUAAUACUAGUGUGACUCCAGAUCGAACACCAAGCGCUAUUGAUAUUGACGGCCGGUCUGACAUAUCUGGUUCAUCAGGAAAGGCAGCAGACAAGAUUGAAUCUGUACCUACUAAUGACAAUCAACAAGAUAAAAAGAUGACUAAGGUUCAUCUGAGUCCAAGCCAGCUGCAGAAAAUGAGCAAUUUGAUUACAAUAAUUUCCCACAAGAGAGAGUUAGUGCAGCAGUUGGUAACAAAGCUUCAAGAGGGGACAGAUAUCCAGAGCAUGGAAGACUGGUUUGCAUGGCUGGCGCAUGCGCGUUAUAGCUGUACGAAAGAGAACCAGAUGUGCAAGGCUGAUAUUCUGGACAUGCAGUUUGAGUACGGGUUCGAGUACCAGGGUACUGUCUCUAGACUUGCCAUCAGUCCACUCACUGAUAAAUGUCUUGUGGGUCUAGCAAAGGCUGUAAAAGCUAAUGCUGUGGGUCUGUGCACUGGAAUACCCGGAUGUGGUAAAACAGAAACAGUCAAGGAAUUAUCUCUGAUUGCUGGCUAUCCUUUAUACUCCUUCAACUCUUCCAAGAGUCUCACUCGUGGAAUGCUGGUUGAUAUAUUCAGGGGCGUAGCAAGUUCUGGUUCGUGGGUGUGUUUCAACAACAUCUCGUCCAUCACUCCUGUAGUCAUSUCAAUCCUCACACAACUCCUUCAAGUCAUACACGAUGGUCUACAUGCUAAUAAAGCCACCGUCAUCAUCCAGCWAGAAGAAGUCCCUCUGAUGGCUGAUGCAGCUUGUUUUGCCACCUUAACAAACUCGAUAAGCAUURAAUACCCUGAUUACAUCCCAAGCAUUGGGUUCUUUCCAUCCUUCCAGAGCUCGACGUCUGAGCUGCCAAARGACAUCCUAAAUCUUUUCCGGCCCGUUGCACUCAUGGGACCAGAUUGGCUCGUUAUUCUAGAGGUGUGGAUUACAAGUCAGGGUUUCACCAAAGCUUCUKCCAUCUCCUCYAAGAUAGUGUCSUUAAGGGAGCUUUGUUUGGAGUUGUUACCAAGCACAUCCAAGAUACUUACGGGUGAUGCAUCGCGCUGUGUGCAUAAGUGUUCCAGCUGGGGUCUAUUGAGCUUGAAAAGAAUUCUUAUAAGAGCUGGUACUCAUCUUUAUCAAUAUCAGCAAGAAUCUCAAGUCAACACGAUGAAUAACGUCCAUCAAAGAACAACUCCUGAUGAUGGUAGCAGAUCACCUUCACCUAAUGAUGCUACWGAGGCUGUUGCUGCUGUUAAUGAGCCUGUAAUUGGUGGCUCAGAUGAUUCAGGAGAGGGAACGUCAAACAAUACAGAAGAUCAAGAGAUGCUGAGGAUUGAGGAACAAGCAGUUGUACUUGCCUUCAGAGACACCGUUAUGCCACAGCUUUCAGGGAGUGAUGCUAUUAUGUUUGCUACUCUGUUAUCAGACUUGUUCCCUAUAGUGCAGAUACCCAUGAUAUUCGAUAGCUAUGGAGUAAUCAAGGGUAAAAUGGCCCUCAACGAUCCAGUGUCUAAUUUAGAUGAGAUACCAGUAACACCCAAGAUUGGAAACGGUUUGGCUGCUCAAGAUAAACUUGAAGUGCUGRAUGAUAUUGAAUCUGCAAUCAAAGUAGCCACAUCCAAGCUUGGUCUUCAGCCUGGGAUGUCCUUCCAGUCCCGUGUUGUUCAAUUGUCUGAGCUUAUUGCGACACAUCAAGUGGUUUGYGUAACUGGACCAAGURGGUGUGGCAAGACAGAGUGUAUCAAGACGUUGUCUGCAGCAUACAGAGAAAUGGGUCAUCAAGUUAAAACGGAUGUUAUCUGUACUGAGACCAUGGAGAGUGAAGAGUUGCUGGGAUAUGCAGAUCCCUUCACCAACGAAUGGAAGGAGGGUUUACUAGCUGURGCAUUGCGUAAUCACUCAAAACAACUCAGCUUGCAAGAGGCAAGAAACCAGUUAACAAGUAAGCCGCUGAUGAAAUGGCUUCACAUGGAUGGCACGAUCGACUCUACUCAAAUGGACAUCUCGUUUAUCCAAAACACCGGUACCGUGGUGCUUGCCAACRACGAACGUAUCCUYAUUCCCAAGGCUUUGCGCAUUGUAUGGGAGCUCGAGACAUUGGACAACCUUAGUCCAGCGGUGUUAUCUUCACUGGGCAUGCUCGUGUUAAAUUCAUCAGAUGUCAACUGGCCUCUCUUAGUAGAACGCUGGCUGACCAAAAGACCUGAACGUGAAGUAGAAGUGYUAAGAGAGUUGUGUGAUCGAUACAUUGGACCUUCCUUAGAAUAUCUUGCAUCCAAGACAUCCGUCCCCCCGGAGAAAGGUGCACCUCCCGGCCAGAACAARCCCUCACAGYUGCGUCACGUGGUUCYUGUCAAUGAAAUGGGAAUGGUYAAUACUUUAUUGACACUGGUAGAGGCGAUUAUUUCCAACUAUCAAGACUUGAUGCCUGGUGAAUUUGAGAACUAUUUUUGUUACGCCGCCAUGUGGGCAUUUGGAGGGACGUUAGAAGAAAAGCACAGGAAAUACUUUAGCAACUGGUGGAGAAAACAGUGGGUUGACUUUGUGUCUCUAUCAGGCGACGAUGAGGUUUGGAAUUUCUACGUCAAUCCUGACACUCAUGAGUUUUUGAACUGGCGUGAAGCAGUGCCACCUUACGCCCAGACCGCUGCUGAAGGGAUCCCUAACGAAGCUUACGUGCAUACCAUAAAUAAUGAGCGUAUUUCCCAUCUGGUGGGUCUAAUGGCUGACGCAGGUAAACCGGUUUUACUGGUUGGUGAGGAAGGUAGUGGGAAGACUUYAAUAUUACGUCACAGACUGAAGCAACAUGGUGGAGACAUAGGCGAAGUACUUAGCCUARCGGUUUACUGUAACAAGUUUACUACAGGACGUAGUCUUUGGCACGAGGUGUCUAACUGUUUGGAGUGGAAACAUGCUCAUACCUUUGUACCAAAGGGAAACAAAAAACUAACAUGUUUAGUUGACGACUUGAACCUGAGCAAGGUCAGUAACAUUAACWGCCAAUCAGCUUGCGAACUGGUUCGUCAACAUAUCGAUCAUGGAGGUGUYUUUGACCCUGAGACUCAGCAGUGGAAAGAAGUUCGCCACGUGUCUUAUCUCUCGUCAUAUAACCCUUAUACACCACCCACCACACCCAAGCUGAGUAAUAGACUACUACGGCACUUCUCUGUGUUCAACGUGUCUUUUCCAAGCAUCAGCGAACUACACUACAUCUACACGCAGCAACUAGAAAAACAUUUCCUGCUCAAUGUCCUUCAGUCUCAAUCAGGUGGGACAGAUACUUCAUCACAAGGAUCUGGUGAGAGUCAUAUCAAACACACAGGGAUCGGUWAUCACGAUCGAUACAUGAAAGAACUGCUCACUAACCUAACAUAUGUGACGCUGGAACUACAAGACUACCUCCGCACCAUGUACCUACCUACUGCACAGAGAUGUCACUAUAUGUUUACUAUGACAGACCUGACCAUGGUCUUCAGGAAUCUGUGCCUUACUYUGCGACCAGGGUGCUCCCACCACGACCUUUUGUUGUUAUGGAAACACGAGUGUGACUGGGUCUAUGGACGACGAUUAAUCGAUUUGGUUGACAAGGAUCGUUAUCAACAAGCAUUCUUGACUGCAGCGAAAAAAAGACUGUCAAGCGAAGAACAGCUGUCUGUUGUCAGUGGAUCAACACCUUUCUUCACAAACCUCAUCGACCUUGAGGAUAAUUCAGGCGAGGUGAUUGGUGCGGGCUCUAGUGACGCAAAUGAUGACGAUGUCCAUCUAGCCUAUAGACACGUGACUGAUAUGAAGAAGGUUCGUGCUGUCUUAGAGCAUGGUAUCGAUGAAUACAACAAAGACUUUCCCAGGAUAAAGAUCACACUUCAUGAUGACGUGAUGGAGACCAUAUGUCGUUUAGUGCGUAUAAUCCAAUGUCCUCAUGAGUGUGGCCACGCCUUGAUCGUAUCCGAGGGUUCCCCGGGUCUAGCAACAAAACUGGCUCAGCUAGCAGCACAUCUCUGUGACUACUCAGUGACUCGUAUCAACCCUUCAUCCAUCUCCAACACUGAUAAAUAUACACUGGACAACUUCAAGACAGAUUUAGUACAGGCUUACACAAGAGCAGGAGUCAAGGGUGAACACCUUCUACUCUUAUUACCCGAGUCUGAUAUCUUCUUGGAGGAUUUCCUGGUUCACGUUAGCGAGUUUCUCGUGUCGUGUUCCAUCUCUCACUUAUUUAGCGAAGAAGAACAGACAUCGGUCAUCAAUGCUGUACGAUCUGAAGUCACACAAGCUGGCUUGACAUACACCAAGGACGUUGCAUGGGACUUCUUCCUCAAAACGGUCCGAGAGAACCUUCGUGUAGUAAUGACUUGCACUUCAUUGGGAGAGAGUUUCCAGAGGCGAUGCCGCGCCCUCCCUGCACUGACUAACUCUGUGUCUAUUAUACUAAUGCCACACUGGUCCAAGCAAGACUUAGUCAAUCACGCAAUCUACCACUUAAAGGAUAUCAAGAUAUUCAGUUCAUUAGAAAAGGAGAAUCUUGCACAUCUAAUGGCUUCCAUGCAUCUGUCGUUACGUCAUCAAGAAUUUCAUGAUGUUGAUGCUGGCAAGUAUGGCCAUCUGACCAACACCACCUUUGAAACAUUUGUAGAAAAAUUCAUUAAUCUAGUCACCAAGAGGCAGCUGUCGCUUCAGAAGGAACACGAACAGGUGGAAGCAGCUUUGAAGACCAUAGAAAAUGGCGUAUUCUUGGCGGAAGAACUCAAGAAGCAACUGGAACACGAGAUAAUGGUGCUGRAACAGAAAAAGAAGGGUAAUGAACAGCUGCUAAUCCAGAUAGGUCAGGACCGAGCGAUUGCAGAAGAACAGGUUCGACUGRUUAAAAGGCAACAAGAACGAAUACAUAAACUCAAGAAGGCCCUACCCGAGUAUCAAAUUGCCCAUGAACGUGCCGUGUUCAAAGCAGCAGCCGUGGUAUCAGAUACCAAACGUGUGCUCAAGACCUUGGAUCAACAAGGACUGACUGAGUUAAGAGCAAUGCAAAAACCAGAUACUGAGAUAGAAGAUCUACUGGCUGCCAUUAUCAUCAUAGUGAAAUCUCCAACAUCAGACCUGACGUGGAACAAGGGAGCCAAACGGCUAAUGGCCAAUCUUGACAGAUUCCGUGAAGAACUGGGCAUGUUUGAUGACAUCGAGUUACCACCAAGUACACUUGAAGUGGUUGAACCUUACCUCAAGAAACCUCAUUUCAGUGGAGAUUACCUAGAACGAAAGACCAAUAACACUGCUGUAGGGUCACUGGUCCAAUGGGUCCGUGGUGUCGUAAGGUAUCAUCGUAUGAUGCAGUCCAAAGUCAAGCCUUUACAUGCUAAAGUAGCAGAGACAUCAUCUGCUGAAGACAUUGCUGUCGAGAAGAUGUCAACAAUGGACGAGAAGCUCAGAGGACUGGAGGAACGACUGAAGACUUUGGCUCUUGYUUAUGAAGAAGCAUCUAUCGACAAGUGUAGACAGCAUGAACUGACACAAAACCUGGAUACAAAAUUGAAACAAGCAGCUUAUUUUGAACAGGUUUUAAGCUCAGGUCGUCAAAAAUGGCUCAGUUUACAAACAGGAAUCAAGGAGCGUAAAGAUGCUAUGGCUGGUGGUGUGGCUAUUGCAGCUGCAUUCGCUACUUACCUUGGACCUUAUGGCUUUAGCUUCCGGCGUGAUAUGAUGACUGUACAUUGGCCUCGUUGUCUAGAGGAACGUGGGGUGCCUUUAGUCCUGGACGCUAGUCCUCCUCAUCCUGAUGCACGGGUCUUCAAGACAGAGGGUCUAAUCAAGACUGAGAGUACCCUGAGUGAAAAAGACAAACAACAGGGCAAUGACGAGGCACUUGUUGGCUCACGUGGAGGAUCACGUGCUGCAUCACGUGGUGGAUCACGUGGUAGYGGUGGAUCACAUAAUGCUGGUGAUAAAGAUAACGAGCCUGGAGGAAGGUUACUAGACACAAAGUCUAUUGCAGGCGAAGAUGAAAAAGACGAGAAUUCAAACUAUCGAGAUCAAAUUCAAGACGACGAUUUUGAAAAACAAGACGUCGAGCAGAGCGAAAAAGAACAGACGCCUAAAGAACUAGAGCGAAAAUUAUCUCACGCUUCACAAGGGAAAGAGAUCAUGAAUAAGACACUGAUAGAAUACGAUGCGUUCUCUCUAGCUGUCGCUAAACUUCUUAUUGGUGAUGGUCCGGUGCGCAAGCUACUCACUAAAGGACUAGGUCUGCGCAAGAUAGAAAACGCUGUACUGGCCAGCUCGUCAUGGCAAAGAGUACCAUUGCUUAUAGAUCCCAAUACCAAAACCUUGGAAAUGAUUCGUAUGUUAGAACAUGGCAAGCAAGUGCUGGAACUCGACCUGGGGGAAAGUGACCAGUCGACUGUACUUCAGAUCGAAAGGGCCAUCACCGGUGGUUCAGUAUUAGUACUCUACAACAUUGAUCAACGUAUAGAUUCUCUCUUCAUGCCUCUGAUUCACCACAUCAAUACAGCGGUGUCUGAGAAACCCUUCAAAGAUCCUCAGGUUGUGAAGUUCGGUAGUCGUCGUGUCACGUGCAACCYCAACUUCCGUCUUUACCUGGUGUCACGUGUCUCGGAACCAGUCUUUYCCACAGAAGUAGCCUCCAUAACGACCCUCAUCAACUUCGAGUUGUGUGACCAGGGACUGGAAGAGGAGUUAGCACUAGAGGCUUUUUCGCGCGUGCGCCCUGAGCUGUAUAUCGAAGGACGUAAGACCCUACUUGCUGUGGUGGAGCUAUUGAAGACAUUAGAAGAUGUGGACGGGAAACUAAUGAAUAGAAUCAUGACUAAAGAAGGCACUAGUAUAUGGGAUGAGACUGAGCUGAUAGCUGAGUUAGUACAAAGUAGAACUGAGGUGACUCGUCGUCUUCUCAAAGCCAUGAAGAAUCUUGAACGUCUGUCGCAUAUUCGCAGCCAGUUCCGUAAUUUGGCAAAACGCGGAGUCGUGCUCUAUAGCCUUUUGAAAGAUCUGUGUAAAGUUCAACAUGAAUACCGCUUCUCUUUAGGGUACUUCAUGGGUCUCUUUAGAAAAGCAGUCGGUAAAGAUUUCAACAUAUCGGAUGGAGAGAGGGUUGAGUACGAAGAUGAACCAGAAGACGGUGAGAACCCGUCGCAUACUUCUGUGAUUAUCAAAAUCAAUGAUGAAGAAGCGGUUGACAAAGGCGUAAGUAAGAGCACAAGUAGUAGCACUACUGUCAGUAAGAAGACUUCAGUCACACUACCAACUGAAGUAGAACUACCAUCACCUAACGUAGAAUACAAGGGUCUGACAGAAAGCGAAACCGAAUCACUACAGGCUGCUUUAACCAAAGAAUUCUACAUUAACGUCAGCAGGAGCAUUUACGAAAAACAUCGCCUUCUUUUCGCCACUCUCGUAUUCUUGAUCCUACGAAUGGAUAAAAAUAACAAAGAUGAGCUCCAGAUACUCUUGACUGGAGGACACGAAUUAUCGCAUGGGCUGAGUUUAGCAGACUUCGACCCAACCCUUCUAAAGCCUGGCUGGAUAUCACCCAAUAGCUGGGAGACUGUUUUAGCCUUGUCUACCAUGAAAGGACCGCUGGACAGUCUGUGUGCGGACGUUGCGUCUAACCCUAUUGAAUGGAAGCAGUGGUAUGAUAGCGAGACACCAGAGGCACUGCAAACACCUCGGGCUCUGUCGGUCUUCCACAAACUAUUGGUGCUAUCUGCUCUUAGACCGGACAGGUUCAAGCAAGCAAUACGUGUAGCUGUUACUCAGUCAUUGUCUCAGCUGAUAGAGACCACAGCACCAUCGUUCAAGGACAUCUUGUUUGGAAUCCCUCAUUCUGUUCCUAUCUUCAUUCUCAUGCCCGCGCAGAACUCUCUUAGUCUUCCAUUUACAAUCACGCCAGUCAGUGUACUCAAGAAACUUGCAGGGUCCCAGAAUAUCACGUGUAAUUACGUAUCAGUAGGCCAAGUACAAGAGGAUUUGAUUGACGUUGCCUUAGCAACUGCAGUAAGGACUGAUAGCUGGUUGUUGAUCGACAAUCUACAGCUUGCCUCACGUGAUUGGCUGGAUCAGCUGUACAACAGACUGCUAAGACUUCACCUACAAGCUUCCCCACGAACACCAUCCCAGUGGAGAGUGUUCCUGAUAUCAGAGAGUAGUCCUCAACUCCCAGAGGUGUUGUUGCUGUUUGCGCAUCAGUUGGCGUGGGACGUAGUUGACCAACAAGAUCAGUAUCAGUAUCUGUCGGCUGGUGACCUCGAUCUCAGGAGUACAAUUAUCCAAAACCUUCAGUGCGUCCCUACAGGAUACUGGGACAGAGUGCGUGAACAAAACCUCAGUGUUCGCACAGCCGUGUUUGGGCUUUGUGUGGUACACAGCAUACUACUACUGCGACAGAAGUUUGGUACCCGUGCUCUUAACGGGUAUUACCCGUUCACCUCCAGUGAUCUAUUGACUGGCAUUGAGCUCAUUAUUGGUUCAGGAUUCAGUAAGAAACAACAGUCAGGAAAUAUGACCUGGGACGCUGAUAACAUCGCCCAGGUGGUGUAUGCAGGAAAGGUUGUCAACGAAUGGGAUCAGCGAUACAUAGCGACAUUAACAAACAUGAUACUUCACACCAAAGGUUCUAGUAUCGAGAUGGGACAAGCUAAACUCCCUUUGCCUCCUGUCAACGUUGAGCCUGAAGAUUACAUCACUUGGUUCACUGAAAAAAUCAGCUCUGAUUCCUCAUUUAACACUGUUGCAGCCUUGUCCCUGCAUUCCAGCGUGCAGAGAGAACUCAGACAAUCAAGCGUGGAAAAGUUUUUCGAUCAGCUUCGUACACUACUUCUUCCAUCAAUCAUGCCAAAACCACAGGGAUUCCACAAAGGUCCAAUAAUCGGCCGAGCCCUUAAACUGUCAUCAUUACGUAACGCGAUGGAUAUGUGUCUAGACAAACUACCAAACCUGUUGAAGAUCGAGACUGAUGAUGCUAUUCCUAUCCACAAACUAAUGCCACGUGUCUUGUCUCAGUUGCGAGCUUUAUCACAGUAUUCCGAGACCAGCAGUGUGGGGACCUCUGAAAGUGAUCGGCUGUCAGAGAGUAUGGGUUACGUUCUACAGAAGGAAUGUGAAUGGUUUAACUGUCAAUUAUGUUAUGUUCGUMAUAUCCUUCAAACCCUCGAGCAAAGUGUACUGGCAGGAUCUGCAGCCAUACCCUCGUACCUCACCAAUGUUGUAAAUAGCCUCCAGAAAGAGCAAGUACCGUUGUCAUGGUUACAUCCUAACAGUCAACCCUCGCCUCAUUCCCUCUCGUCGUGGUUAGACGAUUUUCAGUUGCGGCACAAGCAGUUUACAUGCUGGAUCCAGGAGGGAAUGAUACCCAAGAAUGGUUCAGAACCAGUUCUGUGUCGUGGAAGACUCAAGUCUGUUUGGCUUGGUGGUUUGGCUUAUCCUGGUGCUGUUGUAGCUUCUUUAAAACACGAGAAAGCAGCGAUGACCGGCUGUAAUGUCAGUGAGGUUACUCUACAUUGCCGCAUUUUCGAGAAGAACACAGCAAAGCACUCCAAGGCAGAUGACGAUGAUGGGAUAGUAUUAACGGGUAUAUACAUGGAGGGAGCCGAGUAUGAUGAGUGUAUCAAACAAUCCUCGAGUUCUUUCAUGGCUGUCCCUGAUCUUAUGGUUCGACCAGUUUUAUAUUCUGACUUAAAGCAGUUAGAAACAUCGGAUGACAUCGAGCGAGCUUCAGAAAGUUCCUCUGUGCCUUUGUACAACUGUCCAGUCUAUAUGACACGUUCUCGACAAAUGUGUGCAUUCACAAUUUCACUGAAGACGUCUGUUGAACCAGAAGACUUAACCCUGAGUGGGGUAGCUAUGGUGCUGAAUGCGGGAGAUCUAUUCGGAGAGCCUGGGAACUAAUUCCCGGUAUUCGUAAUGUGUGACGAUUUUUAAAGAAAAAUGUCCAUUUUUGAAUUUAUAAUAUUGUUGUGAAUACGUUUUCAUUUUGUAUCGUAAUUUGCCAAACACUUUGUAUUUAUGGGUAGUACUGAGAAGUAUAGUGCGAAUAGCAUGAGACAAAGGAAGCCCAGUUGUCCAGCCCAUAUGUCUUUAUUGGUACCCUUGUACAGCUGCGUGAGAUUUCUUCACAAGCUCUUUAUCUAGAGUGAAAAUAAACUUAUUUUUAUAUAAAA